AUGGACGACGCGUCGAGCGCGGUGAUGACGUCGAGGGUGAUCGAACGCGUCGCGAGGUGCGCGUUGGGACCGCGCGAGGACGUCGCGGAGGGGUGCGUGGUGGUCCUCGAUGCGCUCGCGCGUGAGAUCGGGACGGCGGCGACGCUGAGCGGGGAGAAUCUGGAACGAGUGAUUUUCGCGCGCUUGACGCGAGAACCGCGGGCGUCGAGCGACGCGGAGGAGGAAGAUGGGUACGCGUGGACGGUGGAGACGUACAGACGGGCGUUGGACGAGUGGAGACGGUGUGAGAAUAAAGGAGAUGGCGAGAGCGCGGCGAUCGCGGCGGAGAUGGAGAACGUGAUGGAUUAUUGCGCGUCGUACGGCGGGAUGUUGCUGAAUCCGGCGCUCGUCGGGACGUUCCCGAGGAGCGAGCGAGCGUUAUCCAGAGGGUGCGGUGUGUUGUUGGACGCGAUGCGAUCGAUGAAUGGGAUUCCGAAUGGGUAUCUCGAGCGCUUGGCGGUCAAGUUGGAGGAGAACGAGGGGUUGGAGGACGUCGCGGAGAAGCUGUUUGAUGAGUUGCGCGUGUCGACGCGUUGGAUGAGUCCACUCGCCGAGUUCGACGGACAUCUGAAGACGAUGUAUCAGCUGUGCGCGGUGAAACCGUUCGCGCGAGCGCUGGUGAAACACAAGCGGUGGGUGCCGAUGAAGGCGCACCUGAGCGCGAUCAACGGGAGACAAUUUGAGACAGAGAGCGUGCUGGGAUGGUUCCUGCGCCCGAGCGUGCUCCCGGACAUCUUCGGUUGUGGCGAGCCUGACUGUGUGGAAGCGUACUUUGGCGAUCAAAGCUCGAAGAAGCGAACAAAGCGCGAAGUCGAGGCGUCGUACACGAUGCUUCGUGGGUGCGUCGGUCGUCUCGUCGAGGGAUUAUACCAGAUCCUCUUCGUUUUGCUCAAGCACGGCGGCGAGGUGCGAACAGGCGUGCUCGAAUUUUUAGAUGCCUUUCUGAAAGUGAACGCGGGGAGAGGGAAGAUGCGAAUUCAGCCGCAGGUUGUCACCUCGCACGGGGGCGCGUACAAUCUCAGCGUCGUCGCGCUUCGAUUGGCGCUGCCAUUUUUGGAUCCGCAAUCGGGCAAGUACGAUAAAAUCGCGCCCGAGUACGUUAGAAGCCGCGCGUGUAGGAUUAGCCUGAACGAUGAGACGCGAGUCGCCCUUACGGCUGAGGAAGCGGCCGCGGCGAAACUUUCGACGUCGGAGGACAAAGAUGACUGGGGGUUCAUCUGCGAGUGCUUUUACAUCACCGGUCGAGCGCUUCAUUUGGGAUACGUCAAGUGCAUCAACGAGCUCUCGCAAACGGGUCGAGAGAUUCAAGACAUGCAAGAUGCCGUGCGAGAUUUCGAGGGCAGGCGAGAGCAGUGGAUGCAAUUGCCUGAUCGGGCUAGAUACGAACGCAGGCUAGAAGAGAUGAAGAGUGAGCUCGAUCAGGCGACGGCGCACACAUUUCAGUUCGACUGCGCUCUUCGCGAUCCACGUUUGAUCAGCGAAGCGAUGCAGUAUUACCGUCUCGUCGCGGUCUGGCUCAUGCGCAUCAUCGCGACGAACGGCCAGUACGAAGAAGGACACGGUUUUAUGUUCACACAGAUCGCCAUGGAUAAGAUUCCAGAGGCGUGCCCGGUGGCAUUCGGGUGUCUGCCCGAGUACAUCGUCGAAGACAUGGUGGAGUUCAUUUUGUACAUCUCGCGCUAUUCCCUCGACUCGCUCGAGCACGAACCCCUGGAUGAGAUCAUGAACUUUUUCAUCACAUUCAUGGGGAACACGACGUUCGUGAAGAACCCGUAUCUGCGGUGCAAGUUCGUCGAGGUUUUGAGACACUGGAUUCCUUUUGAGGGUGGAUACCAAUCGCAAAAGUUGCUCAGUUUGUUCGAGGUCAACCCGGUGAGUCUGGUCAACAUGAUUCCGAGCUUGCUGCACCUCUACGUGGACAUCGAGUUUACGGGCACGGACAAUCAGUUUUACGAGAAGUUCAACGUUCGCUAUCAGAUCGGAGAGCUCUGCGAGUACCUGUGGUCGGUGCCGGCACACAAGAGCGCGUGGAUCAAACUUGCGAGGGACGAUCCAGAGUUUUACACGCGUUUUUUGAACAUGCUCAUCAACGAUGCGAUUUACUUGCUGGAUGAGGCGAUGAAAAAGCUUCCCGAAGUUAGACAGAUCGAGACGGACAUGCAGGAUCAAACGUCGUGGGCGGCGAGACCGCAACAGGAGCGUCAAGAGCGCGAGUCGGCGUUUCGCCAGACGCGGCGUCACUUGAGAUCCAACCUCACCCUGGCCAUGGUGCACGUGCGCAUGAUGGGAUACACCUCUCGAGAGAUCGCCCAUCCAUUCUUACGGCCCGAGAUGGUCGAGCGCGUGGCCGCCAUGCUCAACUACUUCCUCCUCUUCCUGGCUGGGCCGGAGCGACGCCAGUUGAAGAUUAAAAAUCCUGAAAAGUACGGCUGGGACCCCAAGGAGUUGCUCGCCACCAUCUCCGACGUCUACGUCCAGAUCUACGCCGCGGACAAAGAUAAAGUCUUCAUCGCCGCCAUCGCUGCCGACGGUCGUUCGUACCGCGAUGACGUAAUGGUGGAAGCCGCGAACGUCGUCAGAGGUCUCGGGUUGCGAGACGGCGCGCACGUCGACGCGUUCGAGGCGCUCGCCAAGGACGUUCGCGAUCGCGCGAGCGAGGAGGCCGAGGAAGAAGCCGACCUCGGAGAGAUCCCGGACGACUUCCUCGACCCGAUCCUAAGCACGCUCAUGCGUGACCCCGUGAAGCUUCCAUCCGGGCACUCGUGCGACAGAAGUAUCAUCACUCGACAUUUGCUCAGCGACGAGACCGACCCGUUCUCCAGGCAACCGCUCACCGCGGAUCAGCUCGUGCCCGACGAUGAACUACGGGAGAGAAUAAGCGCCUGGAUCACCGAGCGCAAGGCUGAGGCCCGGAAGCGAUAA